AUGAAUGUCAAAGAAAAGGAUGACACAUUAACAUCAUUCAUCGAGAAACCAACUGCGGUAGGUAGGUGACUACAUAAUACACAAAUUAAUAAUUAACCUGUCUUUCGAUCAAUUUGUCCUACAAGGCAGCUUUCUUUGUUCCUGUAUAUCCAUACAGCAAUUUAAUAAACGCUUGCUAGCUGUCAAGUUAUCAACUUAAUAAUUAAUUUUGACAAUUCAAAAACUUUGAUUACAUUUUUACUGCAGGUAGUGGAAAAAUAGUAGUUGCUCGGGAAACAGAGUAUUUUGAACAACUGUUGGCCAAAGAGGUCAGCGUAGCAAAUAUGGAAACUCUUUUCGAGUGAGUGUAAUAAUUGUAGACAAUUAUGAUCAUUGUUCGUUUCCCCCCUAGUCCAAUGAAACCAAUUAAGUUUGUUCUAAAUAAACUCAUGCCUUGCACAAUCUUAUUAGAGCUCUGCAUGUAUCUAAAUACCCACUACAAUAUAUUGUGGGUGUUUAGAUACAUGCAGAGCUCUAAGAUUGUAAACAGUGGUAUACAGCAUGCAAGGCAUAAAUUUACUGUAGAUUAUGAAUAUUCAUAAAAAAAUUUACAGACUUAAGUUGAGGCAGGUUGAGAAAACAGCCUAUUAUACAACAUGUCUGCAGAGAAUCUAUAGGAAUCAUGGAAAUACCAUGUCAACAGUCAACAGUAGAGUUGUAUUUAAAGUACAACAUAGUAUAGGUUGUUUGGUAAAAACUUAGUAUAAAUUGUUUAUGACUUCUAAUCCAUUAUAUUAUGCAGACCCUCAACAGUCACCAUCAAUGGAAGUAGCUACAAGAUUGGCACUAUUGUUGUUACUGGAUACUUGGCAAAUGUGGAAAUGCCUGAGUUUGGUUUGAUAACCAAAAUGAUAUACCUUCCAAAUCACAAGUGUUAUUUCAAAAUCAAAAAGCAAGUUCCUAUCCAUUUCAAUUACCAUCUCCACUCAUUUGAAGUAGACAGAAAGUCAAGAACCAGCACAUCUUACUACUGA